UUAGCUUCUCAUCGUCUAGAUUAUGACAUUUAUAGUGUCUACCAAGAUGACUUAUACUUAUCUUUACAGUCGUUCGCAUACUUCUUGCAGACUGCAUUUUUAUACAAUGAUGAAGUAAUAGUGGACUGCUACACAAGUUUAUUUGUUGACAACUUGAGAAUUGAUUAUGUGGAACUGAAAUCAUCCUUAGACUUCACUUCCCUGUCAUUAACCUUAUUUAGGGAAGUUCUUUCUAUCGGAAAACUACUUCAUCUGAGAUAGUGGUAUGGACUGCGUACAAUUUACCCUCCCCAAACCCCACUUUGUCGGAAUACACUGGGUAUCUUCUUGUUGUUGUUGUAGGGAAGUUCUUAUAAUAAGCAAAGAUUAGAGAUCGCUUUUCGGGCUAAGCAAAGAUUAGAGAUCUCUUUCCAUGCUAGUGGUAAUUGAAUUGCAGGUAUUUUACAAAUAUUCCGCUGCCCGUCGCAUUCAGAUAAGAAUCCCUUUGCCCAAUGAUUGCCAACUCUUUUUGGUUUAGUAGAUUCUUUCGAAUACUUUUUCCAUUAUUCAGUCACUCACUUUAUUCUCUUUGAAAGGGGCCGGUAAAAGUUGUUGUUAUUUGACUAGGAGGUCACGGGUUCGAGCUGUGGACUGCCUCUAGCAGAAAUGCAGGUAAGCCUGCAUACAAUAGAGCAUUGAGGUCUGGCUCUUCCCUGGACCCCGUGCGUAGCAGGAUCUUAGUGAACCGGGCUGCCGUUUCACUUUAUUCUCUUCCUUUGCCUAUAAUUACCCACUUUCGAAAUUCUUUCUACCAUAAUAUUUUCAACUUCUUCUUUGCUCUCACAAAAUGACUAUUACUAUACGUUGCAUGAGGAAAACUAACCUGUAUGUCUUACUGUUACUCCACUUCUUUCAUUACGCUUAUUCCCAAAAGACAUGUCCAAACUGUGGUUCUCUAGAAGUUCCAUAUCCGUUGAGCACGAAUCCCAGCUGUGGCAACCUUGACUAUUCCAUUCGUUGUGAUCCUCAUUCUCACAAGCUCUAUCUUGAUACCCUUAACGGAAGCUCUUAUGCCAUCCUCAGAAUUAUGCCAUCGUUCCAGCGUAUGGUGGUGCAACCGUCACCUUGGUUGCCUGGUACCUGUGUUACACAAGACAUGCCAGUGAGCGAGGGACUGUGGUUGAACCAAACUCUUCCUUUUAACGUUACUUCUUCUAACACUAUCUUCUUAUUUAACUGUUCUCCUCGGCUUCUCGUGUCCCCUUUAAACUGCACGCCUUCAAGCUUGUGCCAUGAGUAUCUGCACAGCUCAGGGCAUGUAGAUGCUAAAAGGGAACUUCAGUGUGCAAGUGGUGUUGAUCCAUGUUGCACGUUUAUUGCUGGCGGUAUGCCCUCAGCGUACAAGAUACGUCUACAUAUCUCAGGCUGCAGAGCAUUUAGAAGCAUUCUACACUUGGAUGCUAAGAAGCCGGCCAAUGAAUGGGAGGAGGGAUUGGAAAUACAAUGGUCUCCGCCACAGGAGCCACACUGUAAAUCACAAUCUGAUUGUUCUGGAGCUUCUACAUGUUCGCGCUCUGGUAAAAAUGGUUUCUUCCGCUGCUUUUGCAAUCACGGCUAUUACUGGAACCAAAGUUUAGGACACUGCGUGAAGAAGAAACAUUCUGGUUUUGUAUUAAAUAUAGCUAUUGCGAUAGCCUUGUGUUUGGCUUUUGCUGUUGUAGUGAUUGCAGUGACUUUGAAAAAAUCAGGACGAUCCUCAGCGAGGGCUAGGCUUGCCAAGGCAAGAGAAGACAUUCUAAAAUCAAACAACGGUGGAAAACCGGCCAGGAUGUUUUCUCUCAAGGAGAUGAAGAAAGCUACAAAUGGAUUCUCGAAAGACAGAAUCUUGGGGCAUGGUGGCUUCGGAGAAGUUUAUAAGGGCGAGCUUCACGAUGGAACAAUCGUAGCAGUAAAGUUAGCCAAAGUGGGAAAUAUCAAGAGCACUCAACAAGUACUCAAUGAAGUAGGGAUACUUUCUCAAGUUAAUCACCGGAACCUCGUCAAGCUUUUAGGUUGCUGUGUAGAAGCUGAACAGCCUUUGAUGAUUUACGAGUACAUUUCCAACGGAACCCUCCACGAUCAUCUACACGGUAAGUAUUCCGCCUUUCUUGACUGGAAAACAAGGUUGAAAAUUGCUUCACAAACUGCAGAAGCAUUAGCUUAUCUUCACUCAGCUGCUUCCCCUCCCAUCUACCACAGAGAUGUCAAAUCGACAAACAUACUCUUGGACAACGAUUACAAUGCCAAAGUCUCCGACUUUGGGCUAUCGCGAUUGGCUUGUCCGGGGUUGAGUCACGUGUCCACUUGCGCUCAGGGUACGUUAGGCUACUUGGAUCCUGAAUAUUUUCGGAACUACCAGCUAACCGAUAAAAGUGAUGUUUACAGCUUCGGGGUUGUGUUACUAGAACUUCUUACUUCUCAGAAGGCAGUUGACUUCACACGAGACGAAAAUAGUGUCAACUUGGUUGUUCAUGUCAUUCAACAAGAAAACCAUGGUUCAUCAGUUAUGGAAGUAGUCGACAGGCGCUUGCUUGGCGAGGAGCCUUCGACUAAUGUAACGACUGGUAUGAACUCGUUCUUGGCACUUGGACUCGCGUGUUUAAGAGAAACGAAGUCCGAGAGACCCUGCAUGAAAGAUGUUGUUCAGCAACUUCACUACAUAAGUGAAAUAGUUCAUCAAGAAGAGCCUAUUGAGGUUAGUUAAAAGUGUCACUGGUUUUGAUCAGGGGUGGACCCACGUGGUACCCAGGGGGUUCACCCGGACCCCCUCGGCAAAAAAGUAAGUUGUAUAUAUAAGACAGAAAAUCUAUAUUUAUGUACAUAUAUUAAAUUUGAACCACCAAAAUCAAUAAUGUUAGAUAGCUUAGUGCCAUUUGUUGCACUUCUUGGGCCUCUUGCUUAAGGCCCACGUCACGGGUUCGAUCCCGUUGGGGCGUGCAGACUGCCAUUUUUUAAUUAAUUCACUAUUUUGCAGCUACAGUGAAAUUUCGAACUCCUCGAAGAAAAAUUCUAGAUCCACCACUGGUCUUGAUCUUUGAAUAUUCAUAUUAGUGUAGAGAUGUUUUAUUGUACUGAAAAAUAUGCCUGAAUAGACUAUGCUGUUUCAUUAUA